AUGUCAGAGUUGUCAUCACCAAUAUCAACACCUCAUCCUUCAAAUCUACCAUCUAUCACACCUUCAACAUUAUCACAUUCAUUCACCUCAUCACCAUCCAAUGCACCUUCAUCACAACCAUCCACAUCAUCUUCGUCUCAUCCAUUCACAACUACUACAUCACUACCACCAUCUCCAUCUCAGUCAUUUACAUCACUACCACCAUCUCAAUCAUCUACAUCACUACCAUCAUCUCCAUCUCCAUCACCAUCACCACCAUUGUCACGGCAAGUUCAGAAUAUACAUUCCAUGGUUACUCGAGGGAAGGCUGGAAUUUUCAAACCCAAAAUAUUGCUUGCUGAGACAAGUCCUCAAGAGCCAACUAGUGUCUAUGAAGCACUGCAGCAUCCUCGUUAG